CUUUUUCUCUCCCCUUUUUUUUCUUCCUGCGCGCGAACACAACGGAGCCUUUAAGGCCCUGAGACACAGAGCGGCCAUUCAUAGAUGGAGCGCGCGAGCGAGGCGGCUGCGGACAGAGACGCUGGAACCCCGGACACUCACGGACCCUCGCGCUCGGCGGGCGACCUCCUCCUCCACCACUGAAGGUUUGGUGACUGAAAAAACGACAACAAAAAACCGAAAUCCUGGGCAGAAUCACCACAAAGGAAAGGAGGGAAGGUUGAAACAAGGAGAGACGUGGAGGCAGAAAGGCCGACUGGCACAAGAGGCUCGUAGCAGGCUGGUAAACUGGGGUCCAAGGUACGCACCGAGCGUAUGAUACCAACAACACGGAUGGAAAGAACUUUAAUGUGGAAUCCUAAUCGAGUUUUAGAGCGAAGACUGAGAGUAGAGACUGACUGGCACUUUAUAUUAUAAAGCCUAGCUUCGGGAGCAGUAAGAGACACACCCAAGAGAGGCAAAGAUAGCUUAGCGUUAGCUCCUGACUUCCACAACAUUUCAGCCCUUUGAGUCAGAGAGACAACCCCUCGGAGCGAACCUUUGCUAGGCAUAGGAGUAGAACUAGAGUUCAGCAUACAGAUUCAAUCACUCACAGCUACCAGCGGGCGCACCCUGACCAUGUCGGGAGAGGACCAGAGUCUGUCCGACGUGGACUUGAGUCCGGGGGUCUCGGAUGACAGCCACUCCCUGUCACCAGGUCAUUCCUCCGGCCCCACGGGCCGGGCCGACUCGCCGCUGCCGGGCCAGCAGUCCCUCCUGGGCGGUCUGGGCGACGCCACCGCCGAGGGCCGGGCGGCCAUGAAAUCGGACGAGGAGGACGACCGCUUCCCCAUCGGCAUCCGGGAGGCGGUGAGCCAGGUGCUGAACGGCUACGACUGGACGCUGGUGCCGAUGCCGGUCCGCGUCAACAGCGGGAACAAGGGCAAGCCGCACGUGAAGAGGCCCAUGAACGCCUUUAUGGUGUGGGCGCAGGCGGCCCGGAGGAAGCUGGCCGACCAGUACCCCCACCUGCACAACGCCGAGCUUAGCAAGACUCUGGGGAAGCUGUGGAGGCUCCUGAACGAGAACGACAAGCGGCCGUUCAUCGAGGAGGCGGAGCGGCUCCGCAAGCAGCACAAGAAGGACUACCCGGAGUACAAGUACCAGCCCCGCCGCCGCAAGAACGGCAAGCCCGGCACCGGCUCGGGCAGCGAGGCCGACGGCCACUCGGAGGGCGAGGGCCCCCACUACAAGGGCCUCCACCUGGACGUCACUCACAGCGGGGCCCGCUCCCCGCUGACCGACGGACACCACCCACACGCCGCAGGCCAGAGCCCCCCAACUCCCCCCACCACCCCCAAGACCGAACUGCAUGCUGGGAAGGCCGGGGAGGGCAAGCGGGAGAGCGGCUCGACGUCGGGCUCCCGCGGCGGCGGUCUGGGGGCCGGAGCAGAGGGCCCAACGGGGGCUCCGGGCUCCGGGAAGCCCCACAUCGACUUCGGCAACGUGGACAUCGGGGAGAUGAGCCACGAGGUGAUGGCCAACAUGGAGCCCUUCGACGUCAACGAGUUCGACCAGUACCUGCCCCCCAACGGGCACCCGGGGGCCGGCGGCCCCGCGGGGCCCGGGGCCUCCUCCUACCCCUACGGCAUCUCCUCUGCGCUGGCGGCGGCGAGCGGCCACGCGGCCGGCUGGCUGUCCAAGCAGCAGCAGCAGCAGCAGCCCCCGGCGCACCACGCCUCCCCGCUGACCUCCGACCCCUCCAAGACCCAGAUCAAGAGCGAGGGGGCAUCCGUCGGCGGGGGCCACUUCUCCGAGGUGGCGUCGGCGGCGGGCUCCCACGUGACCUACACCUCGCUCAGCCUGCCGCACUACGGCUCCGCCUUCCCGUCGCUGGCGUCGCGGGCGCAGUUCGCCGAGUACGCGGACCACCAGGCCCCGCCGGGCCCCUACUACGCCCACUCCAGCCAGCCCUCGGGGCUGUACUCGGCCUUCUCCUACAUGGGGCCCUCCCAGAGGCCCCUGUUCACCGCCAUCUCCGACCCGGGGAGCGUGCCCCAGUCGCACAGCCCCACCCACUGGGAGCAGCCCGUCUACACCACCCUGUCGCGGCCAUGACAGAGACUCAACAGCGAGGGCCCGGACCGGCCUGGACCCGGGCCCCCGAGGGCCCACUACGGUCCACAGCAGGGGGAGUGGGCUGGCCCCGGGACGGUGCGGUGGGGAGACUGGAGGGGUGAGACCCUGGUCUUGCGUGGCCCAGGUGCGAAGGGGCCGCCGGGGCCCCACGAUGGGCCAGGGGCCCGGGGCCUCCGGAGCGUGGCGGGUUAUCUGGGCUAACGUUGUAGGACGUGGCUUCAGGGUGAAACCGAGGGAGGCUGCCUCCUACUGGGGGAGAUUGGCGUCCUGGGUAGGAGAGGUUGUCUCCUACUGGUUGACGGUUGGCAUCCUAGUUAGAGAGUCUAGUCUCCUAUUUAUGAAGCUUGGUCUGCUCCAUGGAGGAGGUUGUCUCCUAGUUUUGAAGAUUGUCUCCUAGUUAUGAAGCUUGGCAUCCAUGGACCGUACCAAACCCUACGUAGGUAAAGGGAUGGUGUCCAAGUUAGAAACAGCCAAACUCGUCGCAUAUCAGUGAUGGAGUUUGAGUGCAAACAGUUGGCGAUAUGCCUACUCAUCUCAGGCCGAUUUAGCAAGAUAUUCAAACAGGACCAGUUCUUAAACAACAUAAUCCAAGAAGUUUGCUUUGUUUCUUGUUCAACACAACAACACAUUCUGUUUGAUUAUAACUUCCACAAACAAAAGAAAUAGUAGUGUUCAUGGAACAUGUCCUCAAAGCGUACCUGUGUAAAACAAUGUGUAUUCAUUCUAUUUGAAAAAAUGUGAUGCAACUAUUAUCGAAUAACAUGUUAUACGACAUGUUUAUCUGUACAAACUGGCUGAAUGUGUGAUAUGUGUCUGAUUAUGUUCUUGUGAUAACCAAAAAUAACCAGAGACCAAACCUAAACGGUAAUGAAGCUGAUUAUGCUGAUGUUUCUGCAGCCGAGACAUGUCGUAGAGUAGGACUUCUCUCUGCUCUGAGGGCACUGAUGACCUUUGGAUUUGAUGUUUUUGUGAAGGACAUUCAUACGUUUUUAUUGUUAAACAAACCUUUUCUGUCUCCUAUUUCUUAAAAGUCACAAUUCCCUGAUUUUUAUGUUAUAGUUGACUUUACCAACAUUACUUUACUGGAGCACUGCUCUUGAUUUACUCUUGCAUGAAAUCUAAACUGUGUAUAUAUAUAUAUAUCACUAUUCCAUUUAAAAGCUAAAACUGUGGGAUUUAAGUUGUUUUUGAGGCCUGAUUUGAACAGUUGUUUUGAGUCCCAAGAAAGCAUCAAACACAGUUGCCAGAGAUUGAGAUAAACUUCAACAUAUGAUGUAAAAAAAAGGAUUUAAAAGGCGUUGUAGCUAAGAUUUAAGCGCUAUUGUUUGAGUGUACUUUGUUAGAAAUGGCAUAGCCAUCCGUCAGCAGCAAGCGGGUGAAAUGCACUGAGAAUGACUGUCACUGCGUCUGCGUCUGUGUGUGGCAAUUUAGAUUUAAGUCCGCUCCCGGGUAAUUUCUGGCGAAUCAGGGCAUCUCCUCCCCGAUUGUUUCAGGUAAACCAUCUUUCCUGUCAAUCAGGUGCAUGAACUGUAAUACUUCUCAACGCCAGCAAAACGUUGGGAGGAAGGGAGGCGAGGGAAGGGAUGUUCUUUGGAUUGUUCAGUUUCGGAAUAUCGACCUACAAAUCUCAAAUCGUCCCUACAGCCGCUAUAACUAAGAGCCAAUAGGUGAUAAAUACAUCUGAAUUUGAUCAUUGUGUUCACCACCUCCUUUUUAACGCAGACUUUAAACAGUUCUGUCCUUCUGGAAGGAUAUUCUUAGUGAUGAAAUGAUUCAUCCGUUCCAUUACACAGAUCUUUAUCAUGUGCUUAGCCAUAUAUACUUGAUGUACCUUCAUGGUUAAUUUGCUUGUGUGCUUUUUCCUUCCAACUCUAUGCGUUAGCCGCCUGUAGGAAGUGUUUUGUGUUUAUUCCAUACAUUAAUUGCUAUUUGUGUGAAGUGUGAACUAUUGUAAUUACUAUGGCAUGUAUUAUUAUUUAUACCUGCAGAUAGAUUGCUAUUUAUCUAUUCUUCCAUACAACACUGUUUUUGGACUUCAGAUUUCACCCUUGGAUACGUCCCCACUAUUGUCUUACUGUUGCUAGCCCGAUGCCACAGACCAACUGGUAGCCUAAAUUAAGUAGCAGCGGUAACGCUCUAGCCAUGUGAUGAUGGCUGCCGGCUAUCAUGCUGUUUUACUCAAUAAAAAUGCUUUUCCAAACCAA